AUGGAGCUCCGUCCGAGUCCUCGGCUGCUGCUCGCCGCCGCCUUGAUGAUGAUGAUGAUGAUGGUGACGAUGACGACGGCGGCUUCACAGCAGAACUUCUGCUCCAACACCACGGUUCUGAGGACCCGGACCGCCUGUCACUCCUGCAGCAUCAGCUCCUCGAUCCGGUGUCUGUCUGGCUUCAAGACCACCCCUGGGUCCACGGUGCAGGACUGCAAGUACACCGUCAAGACCGCCAGCUUCAGCGUCAACAUCGCCGGCUGCUCCUUCGAGUGCUACAGAGACGCCGAGGUGAAGAGCUGCUGCCCCGGGUUCUGGGGCCCGGACUGCACGGAGUGUCCGGACCGGGCCGAGCGGCCCUGCAGCGCCAGGGGGGUCUGCUCCGACGGGCUGGGGGGCAACGGGACCUGCACCUGCCAGGUCGGCUUCGCAGGAACGGCGUGUGAGGACUGCGCACCUGGACGUUACGGCGCCACCUGCAGCUCAGAGUGCAGGUGCGUCCACGGCCUCUGCGACGCCGGGCUCAAGGGCACCGGUCAGUGCACCUGCUUCUCCGGAUACAAGGGUCCCAGCUGCGACCAAGAGCUCCCUGAGUGCGCGGCCCUGGCCUGCCGGCAGAACUCCCGUUGCAUGGAGCAGGCCCUGACGGGGGCGCUGGUGUGCCAGUGCAUGCCGGGAUACGAGGCGUCCGGGUCCCAGUGUCUCUCCAGGAACCCGUGUCUGCAGCAGGUCUGCCAUGUCCAGGCCUCCUGCGUCCACACGGGUCCGAACCAGCACCUGUGCGCCUGCCACGACGGCUACAGCGGCGACGGGCGCGUCUGCAUGCCGGUGGAUCCCUGUCAGACCGGAUACGGGGGCUGCUCCCCGGAAUCGACCCGCUGCAUCUACGACGGCCCGGGCAAGUCCCACUGCGAGUGUCUCCCGGCCUUCGACCACCUGUCCGGCGGCGGCUGCAGCCUGAAGGAGCUCUGCAGGCCCGGAUCCUGCCACAAGAACGCCAACUGCACCACCGUGGCGUCGGGGGGGGUCCAGUGUUCCUGUCUCCAGGGCUACGUGGGGAACGGUAAGGUUUGUUACGGGAACAUCGUGGAGCGACUGAACGACCUGAACACGGCGCCCGGCGGACCGUGGCACGGCCAGCUCAGCAACGCCAUCGCCAUGUUCGGUCCCCUCUUGUGGUCUCUGGAGAAUCUGGGUCCCUUCACAGUUUUCGUUCCGAUCAACAAAGGCUUCCGGGGCGUUUCGAUGAGGACUCUGACGGCGGACCAGUCCAAGGCUAAGUACCUGUGUAAGCUCCAUCUGGUUGCCGGGGUGAUGCCGGCCGCCACUCUAAAGAAAACCGAUGUCUUCUACAUGCUGACGGGAAAAUCAGCCGAGGCGGACAUGGUAUCAGGGGACCUUCAGACCAAGAUCCGUAUCCAUGGCAGCCGGAGGAAAGGUACCAUCGUUGCGUCCGACCUGGUCGCCUCCAACGGGAUGAUCCACCUGAUCAGUAAGCUGAUGGACAGCGUCUCCCCCACGGUGGAGAGCAACACAGGAGAGAACCUGAUGAAGAUCAUCUCUGACUACGACAAAUUUAGCACGUUCAAGUCCUUAUUGGAGAAAACCAACCUGGCGUCGGUCAUGGACCUCCCUGGACCCAUCACGGUCUUCGCUCCAACCGCUGCAGCUUUCGACGCCAUGCCGGAGGGACACCUGCAGUACCUCAGCAGUCCAGACGGUCACACCAAGCUGCUGGAGUUCAUGAGGAACCACAUCGUCCAGUCCACGGCGCUGGAGGUCUACAACGCCGUGUCGGGUCGAACCCUCGUGACGAUGGCGCUCCAGACUCUGACCAUUAACGUGACCCAAAACGGCCAGAUCCUGGUGGACGGCGCGGCGGUGACGGAGUCGGCCGUGGAGGCUAAGAACGGACACCUGUACGUGAUGGACGGCGUGCUGACGCCGCCCUCCAUCCGGCCCGUGCUGCCGCACAGGUGUGACGUCACAGAGACCAAGUUCGUCCAGGAGAAGUGCACGACUUGUAUAAAAUCCCAUCAGCACAAGUGCUCGUCUGGAGCUGACGCGAUGUCGUCUGUCUAUGGAUGUACUUAUGAGAUUUCCUCCACGGCCGCCUUCCGCUGGAAGCUGAAAGGCUGCGCCCCCGUCUGUAAUGAGACUGUGAAGACUCCUGCGUGUUGUAAAGGCUUCUACGGGCCGGACUGCUCGCCCUGUCCCGGCGGAUACCAGACACCCUGCUCCGGGCACGGCCAGUGCAUCGAGGGAAUUGAAGGAAACGGAUCCUGCAUCUGUGAGGCAAACUUCAGGGGCUCUCGCUGCCAAUACUGUUCCUCCCCCAACAAAUAUGGAUCAAACUGUGACCAAACGUGUCCCUGCAUCCACGGAGUCUGUGACAACCGUCCGGUCUCAUACGGUCGGUGUAAAGUGGGCUCGUGUGCCCUGGGCUUUGGCGGCCUGUUCUGCGAGUAUAAGACUGCCCCCUGUGGCCCUGGGAGCUUCUGUCAUGCACACGCCGACUGCGCCUUCAGCAAGGGACGAAUCAGGUGUGUCUGUAGACCUGGUUUCCAGGGCGAUGGCAUCACCUGCGUGGAGGCCGACCCCUGCGCGCCGCCUCUGAGGGGCGGCUGCAGCCUGAACGCCAAGUGUAUAAAGACCGGCGCCGGGACUCACACCUGCCAGUGUCUGACCGGCUGGACGGCCGAUGGAGACGAGUGUCGACCCGUCAACAACUGCGACGGCGCCGACCGCGGAGGCUGCCACCCCAACGCCACCUGCAUCUACGUCGGACCCGGACAGAGCGACUGCUCCUGCAAAGCCGGCUACAAGGGAGACGGAGAGAUGUGUGAACCCCUGAACCAGUGCGUGACGUCCAACCGGGCCUGCCACUACCUGGCCAGCUGCCUCCGAAUCCAGUCCCAGUGGACCUGCGUCUGUGCCGACGGCUCCGUGGGAGACGGACACUCGUGUUACGGGACGGUGGAACAGGAACUGCUGACUCUCCCCAACGCCACGGACUUCCUGGCCUGGAUCACCGACGCCGGUCUGUCCAGCUCCCUGACGGACCAGAACAUCUCCCUCCUGGUCCCGACGACCGCCGCCGUGGCCAGGAUGUCUCUGGCGGACCGGAGCUUCUGGACCACGAAGGGGAACCUGCCAAGCCUCGUCAGGAACCACGUGAUCCCCGGGAACUUCCCGCUGUCCGUCCUGAGCGGCGCGACGUCGGUGACGUCCCUGCUGCCGACGACGCUCCCCGUCGCCACCAGGGACGAGGUCACGUCGGUCGGCGGGGCGACCAUCGUCACCGCGGACGUGGCGGCAACGAACGGGCUGAUCCACCUGAUCGACACGGUUCUGGUUCCGGACAGGAAGCUGAGCGACGGCCUGCUGGCGACGCUGGCGCUGAAGCCCGAGUUCUCGCUCUUCAGAUCCCAUCUCAUCAAUAAUAACCUGACGGGUGAAAUCGAACAGGCCGGCGAGUUCACCGUCUUCGCUCCAACAGACGCCGCCAUCACGGAUUUCCUCCAGAAAACAUCUGCAACCACGCUGGACGUGAACACGACCCGUUACCACGUGGUGAUGUCAGAGCGCCUGCUGAAGACCGACCUGCAGUCCGGAGGAUACAAGGAGACGCUGCUCGGACCGUCCUUCCAGCUCGGCAUCUUCCCCCGGGAUGGAAAGCUGUUCGUGAACGACGCUCAGAUGAACUCCUCCAACAUCCUGAGCGGUAGAGGAGUGAUCCACGGUCUGACCGCCGUUCUGGAGAUCAACAGGAAUCGCUGCGACAAAGUCACGUACCAGACCGUGGUGGGUCCGUGUGUCCACUGCUUGUUCCACCAAAACAAAAUCUGUCCCAAUGGCAGCGUCCCAAACAAGGUCAUCGGGUCGCGGAGGUGCAUGUUGUCCUGGGUGUUCAAAGGUGAACGGAUGCUGAGCACCGGCUGCAAGGCCACCUGCCGGAAGCAGAACAUGGAGCGCCGCUGCUGCGACGGUUUCUUCGGGCAGCACUGCGAGCCGUGUCCGGGUCCGAAGGGCCAGCCUUGCUCCGGUAACGGCGCCUGCUCGGACGGGGCCGGCGGUUCUGGACUCUGCCAGUGCAGCCAAGGCUUCAACGGGACGGCCUGCGAGACCUGCCAGGGCGGCAGAUACGGGGUCCACUGCGACCAAGAGUGCCAGUGUCGGAACGGCCGCUGCAGCGAGGGGCUAGGCGGAGACGGAACCUGCGAAUGCGACGUCGGCUGGAGGGGCGUGCACUGUGACGAAAAGAUCGAUUCCAAAGCCGAUGAACUUUGCGGCUCGGUGAAAUGUCACACCAGUGCCAACUGCGUGAUCCGAACCUCCGGCCCUCAGUGUCUCUGCGCCGCUGGAUUUGAAGGAAACGGGACGUUCUGCAGCGCCUCGGACCCGUGUCUGGUGAAGGGCGGCGGCUGCAGUCCCAACGCCGUCUGUAAGAGGACGCGACCCGGACGCCGGGACUGUGUCUGUAACCGCGGUUACGCCGGCGACGGCCUUGUGUGUGUCGAGAUCAACCCGUGUCUGGAAGGGAACGGCGGUUGCCACAGCAACGCAGACUGUAUCCACGUCGGACCCAACAAAACCUCCUGCGCCUGCAGCCCCGGUUACUCCGGCGACGGACGCAACUGCAGCAUGAUCAACCUGUGCAAGAAGAAAAACGGCGGCUGCCACCAGUACGCCAAGUGCAACAUGACGGGGCCCGGUUCCCGGAACUGCACCUGCGUCAAGAACUACGUGGGCGACGGCGUGCGGUGCAAGGGCACGGUGGAGCGGGAGAUCCGGGGGAAGGGCCUGACCAGCUUCUACUUCGCUCUGAUGAUCAUGGAGAUUUCCCUGAAAGGCCGCGGUCCGUUCACCGUCUUCGCCCCGCAAUCUCAGGCCUUCAAACCCGACGCCUCCCAGCGGAUGAGAUUGUUGACCAAACAUCAGGAAACCUACGCCAACCUGCUGCGCAGCCACGUGGUCAUGUGCCACACCCUGCUGCCGAUCGACCUGAGUCGACCCCAGAACCUGACGUCCCUGUCCGGACUGGUCCUGACCACGGGCUCCAACCAGGACCAAAUCUGGGUCAACCAGGCCAACCUGACCAGCAGCGACGACGUUAGCGCCAACGGCAUCAUCCACAUCGUGGACCGGAUCCUGUUUCCUCCCGGCGUCGACAAAGACAACAUCCUCUACAUCCCUGACUCCAAAAACCAGAACCUGACAGACGUUGCUGACCGCAACGGCUACAAGACCUUCUACAAGCUGCUGGAGGACACGGGGCUGAUGGACCUGAUCAACGACGGCCUCAACCAGCCGGUGACCAUCUUCAUGCCCUCGGACGACGUCAUGGCGUCUCUGCCGCGGGAGCAGAAGGACUUCCUGUACAACCAGCACAACCGGCCCGAGCUGGUGGAAUACCUGAAGUACCACGUCCUGACCAGCCGGAAGGUGUACGCAGAGCGGCUGGUCUACCUGGACCCGGACUCGGCCCGGACCAUGCAGGGCUCGCCGCUCUCCUUCUCCUGCGGCGGUCCGGACGCUGUGGGCGACAUCUUCAUCAACGACGGAACCUGCCGGAUUGUUCAGAGACACCUGGUCUUCAGGACCGGGAUCGCAUACGGGAUCGACUGCCUGCUGACUCCGCCCAGCCUGGGGGGGCGCUGUGACGAGCAGAAGACCUUCGACCUCCAGAUGAACUGCGGUCCCUGCGGUCAGAACUCGAUGUCGUGUCCCCCCCAAACCAAGCUGAAGGAGGUGCAGAAGUGCGACCUGCCGGUGAUGUUCGUGAGCCAGAACUCCGGCUGCCGGGCCGUCUGCACCUACACCCUGUGGCAGCCCAGCUGUUGCCACGGUUACUACGGCCUGCACUGUCUGGUCUGCCCGGGGGGGGUCCACUCCCCCUGCAACAAACGGGGUACCUGCGACGACGGUCACCUGGGCAACGGGACAUGCCUGUGCGACGCCGGGUUCGAGGGCACGGCCUGCGAGCGGUGCAGCAGUGGGUUCCACGGCCCCGCCUGUAAAGCCUGCAACUGCUCGGAACACGGGUCAUGUGACGACGGGCGGCGAGGGACGGGUCAGUGCUUCUGCGACGAGGGCUGGACUGGAGACCGAUGUGACGUCCAGCAGACGGAGGUUUUCACCUGCUCGCCGCCCUGCCACCCGAAGGCCGUCUGCAGGGAGAACAACGUCUGUGCCUGCCGGCUGUUCUACGAGGGAGAAGGGUACAUGUGUACAGUCAUGGACAUGUGUGACAUCUGGAACGGCGGCUGUGAUGCUAACGCCUUCUGCUCGCAGCGCGGCGAGCAGUUGAGCUGCACCUGUAAGAGAGGAUACUCCGGAGACGGAUUCACCUGCCUCCCCAUCGACCCCUGCAGCGGAGAGGACGGAGGAGGCUGCCACGAGCACGCCGUCUGCAGCAUGACGGCCCCGGGGAAGAGCAGGUGCACCUGUAAGGUCGGCUACGUCGGAGACGGCGUCUGGUGUGAGGUCAAACAGCUGCCAAUCAGCCGCUGUCUCCAGGACAACGGAGGCUGCCACCCGGACGCCAAAUGUACCGACCUCCACUUUGAAGAUGCAAUGGUCGGCGUGUUUCACUUGCGCUCGAAGGAGGGUCAGUACAAGCUGAACUACAGCGCAGCUCAGCAGGCCUGCGCCGCGGAGGGGGGGGUCCUGGCCUCGUACGCUCAGCUGAGCCUCGCCCAGCAGGGCGGGCUGAACAUGUGCGCCGCUAGCUGGCUGGACCAGGCGCGGGUCGCCUACCCCACCACCCAGGCCAACCCCAAGUGUGGCUACGGACACGUGGGAGUCGUGGACUACGGCACCCGCAAGAACCUCAGCGAGACCUGGGAUGCUUUCUGCCACCGGAUGAAGGUGGUGAAGUGCGAGUGCCGGCCCGGUUACCUCGGUGACGGGUUCAGCUGCGUGGGGAACCUGCUGCAGGUGCUCCGGUCCACCCCCACCUUCUCCAACUUCCUCACGCAAAUCCUGAACUACUCCGAGGUGUCGGAGUCGGGCCGGAGGUUCGUGAAGCGCCUCAGCAGCCCGGCCGUGCAGUCCACCCUGUUCGUGCCCGACAACGACGGGCUACCUGACAACCAGACGCUGUCUCAGCGGGACCUGGAGUUCCACCUGUCGGAGGGUCAGGCUCUUCCCCUCAGCCAGAUGAAGAACGGCAGCCGCAUCAAGACCGGCGUGGGCAGCCUGACGGUGCUGGGGGUGGCGGACCUGCUGAACCCCUCCCUGCUGUCGUCCCGCUACAUCAACAACCGCUUCAUCACCGACGCCGACAUCCUGGCCUCCAACGGGAUCAUCCACGUCAUCCUGGGCCCCCUGGAGGCCCCGCCCCCUCGCCACAAGAUGCGCGUGGAGCACCAGGCCGGGAUGGGGGUGGGGCUGGUGCUGCUCCUCGUCCUGGUGGCGGCCGCCGUCUUCGUCGGGUUCCACUUCUACCGACACAAGAGCAAACCCUUCCAGUUCCGCUACUUCAAGGAGGAUGACGAGGAGGAGGAAGAGGAGGCGGCAGCCCCCAACUGCAGCCGCAGCAUCAGUAACCCGGUCUAUGAGGCGGGUCCAGAACCGGCCGAGUCCGACACCCCAGGCCCCGCGGUGGAGGACAGACACGAGGUGGUGGAGGGAGGAUCCUACGACCUGCUGCAGGACAGCUGAGCGCCGCUGGACUCGAACCCGAGACCCCGGCCCUUCACAGCACCGCAAGGCGACCUGGCGCCGCAUUUCUACCCAGACGUGUUUGAGACAUUUCUGUUGUGAAUAAAGAUUCAACACUUCAA